CAAGAUAGUAAUUACGAAAGUUUGCCUGAGUGACUUUCUUGAAAAUUAAAUAUUGUUAUAUGCGUUUUAUGGACUGUUCAAUUUCACAUAUAAUUUAGUAAGAAAUGCUAAAUUUAACCACUGAUAUAUGAGGAUCUAUAUUGAGAAUAGAUGCUAGAUGAUAACGAUGCAGAGCAGAGCUUCGAAGGGUUGUUUCCUGGUAACGUCCUGAAAAGGAGCUAGGCUUUAUGUGUUGGAUUCUCAUAAAUUUUGUUGGCAAUGCUCGGUAACAGAACAUAGCCACAUUUAAUCGCAUCUUUCGUAGCGAUCGAAGUUCAGCCAGCUAGCUUCGUAUUCAGAUUCUCAAAGAAGGCGGUAAGGUAACCACCUUAUGGUAGAGUAUUUUCUGCUUUAGUGGUGGCAGCACGGAGAGUGUUUCGUAGUGGGGAUGCUUCAAAGGCUUAAAAGGCCUUCUGACGUCCUUGUAACACGCAGUCUUGGAAUCAAACAUACUUGUAUCCCGUGUAAGUAAGUGGAUCGAAAGUGCGAGGAGUAUUCUCACUUAAGUUGGCUAUUGUUGGUUCCACGUUAAAUUUUCAUCGAUGUGAUCUUGUGUAUGGUCGAGAUCAAUUCGUUAAGAAAUCAAACGAAAGAAUAGAACCGAGUGGAAUAAAAGUUUAUGUAAAAAAGGAAGUGAUUUUUUUUUCUCGCGAGUUAUCUCUUUGCCAGAGUCUUCAUUUGUGAUUUGUGACAUCGUAUAAGUGAUAAUAAUUUAAUUAUUUGCAUAAAACAAUCUAUCGAGAAACAAUGAAAGACGGAAUGUGUUUCCAAAUAAUUAUAUCAAUUUUAUUGGUCAUAUCAAUAUUUUCGCCGCCAAUGUCCGAUGCCCUUACUACUUUUGGGAAGACCAAUCCGAAUCAAAAUACUCCAACAGCAUCACCAACACCAAUUGGUAAAGCUCGCGAAUGCAAGAUAAAAAAUGAUUGUGAUGGAAUUCAAAAUACAACGUGCAUAGCGGAUCCCCGAGAUGGAAGAACCCGAUGUCUCUGCGGUGAUUACUCGGCACCGCUUAAUGGUCUCUGCUCUAAUAAAUUCAAAGUGCUUCAUGCAGCCUGCAAUAACGACGAAGAGUGCGUAGAAGAUGCCCAUUGCGUUGUACACAAUACUACUUUGGGGAAACGAUGUUAUUGCCAAGAUGGAUUUUAUCAAGAAACUCCAUUAUUUUGUAACGGUUGCUCAUCCAUCUUCACGUCGUAUACGAUGACUUUUCUGGCUGUUUCGCUUAUUCUUGGAAGACUUAACUACAUCUAAAUCUUCAAGCUUUCAAAAAUUAUCUUGUCAAUUCCUGAACUUGUAUGAUAACCACAGUAGAGAAAUAAUAAUUCUUCGAAUUAAUGAAUCCGACAUUGCGCAAGAAUAUACUUGCUAGAAUACACUUAUUUAUAAGAGUAUCAUCAAUCUCGUUAAUUUAACGAAGCAUUUAAGUAUGAUAUAUGUAUGAAUACGUUCAAAUUUUAAAAUAGUAAAGCACAUUUAUGUGUAAAAUAGCCAUACAUUUUUUAUCUUGAAUUUAGACUGUUCCAGUAAUCGCGCACUUUUUUGCGAUUAUAGAUUUUUUGAAAAAAUUGUUUUUCUUUGACAAGGAAAAAUUUGAUAAUCAUCUCUUCUUCCGCAAAUUUUUAACAAGAAUCCAUAUAAAAUAGUAAGACAUUUACAUAUUUCGUAGAUUUACAAUUAUUUAUAACUAAUUUUUUCUUUUGUCGUCAAUAUCCUUACCUUAUUUAAGUAAUUCGGAAAAAAUGUACGGUUUCUGAAACAGUCUGUAUACAUAUAAAAUAUAAAAUUCACUAUGUUGCAAGUAUAACGUAAAGUUUCAUAUUUUCUAAUUCUAUUUCUCUUAUUCGUUUUAAAUUUGGAAAAUUAUAUCUAUAUUCAAUCGUCUUAUAACCGACGUAUAUAUAUAUAUAUAUAUAUAUUAAAAUCCUAUAAUUAGCGAUAAGAUAUGUAAUACUACAUUUAAAUUGCAAAGAAAAAUUCAAGUAGCUUUGCAUUUUUUAUUCUAUAAAACAAUGAAUAAUAUGAAUUUUUAUUCACUCUUAAUUUUGAAUCCAUACAAAUAAACGAUUUUGCUCUUGCCAUUUUUAAAUAAUUUUUAUUCAAAUAAAUAUCACUAUCAAUUUUGUCUUAUGUAAUUGUAUCGAUAGUGUAAUGAUUACAGAGAAACUGUCUGUCAUUUAAUUACUAUUAUUAUAUUUAUUAUUAAUUUUCAUAUUCUGUUUUAUAAUAAUCACAAUACAAGUAAAAAAAUUAUAAAAAAGAGUAUAUAAUAUUUAUAUAACUGAGAUAAAAUUUAUUAUUAGGUCGAUUAAUUAGAUUGUUGAAUUUAACUAUCUUCAGAAUUCUAAAUUAAAGAAUGGUGUUUUAGUAGUAUGUACAUUUUUAUAGUGUGUAUAUGAUUAAGCUUCAUGUUUUAAGAGCAUUAAAAAACAUUCAUUUAGAUGUACAUGUUAAUAUAUUUAGUAUAAUUUAUUCUUUAAUGUAUAAAAAUAUACAAUGUAUGUAUAUUUUCUUUAUUAUACAAAACAACACAAAAAUUUUUAUCUUGAUUCUGUAAAUCGAUUUAAAUGUGAUCAUUGAAGUAAGUCUUUUUGAGAAAUAUGAACUUUUGCCAAUAAUGCCUUAAGUACUAUGAUAAUAUAAAUGCACUCGAUAAUAUAUUUAUUCCUCUCUGUACUCUAUCAUAUAUUUAUCAUAUAUUUAGAAUAUUAAUUAAUCUCACAGAGAUUUAUUGCAAGCUUUAAUUUAUUAUAGUAUAAGUAUCUUUUGUAAACUUUGUAAUGUAAUGAUAGAGUUAUAAAAAAAUGUAGAAUUAAUAAUUAGUCUCACUUUAAUAUCAUGUUAUGUAUUUAAAUAUUUUGUGCACAAAUAAAACCUUGAACC